AUGAGUCACUUAGAUAACUCCACCUCCAAUCACGUCCAAUUGUCACCAAUAUACAACUAUAUGCAAUCGUCACUGCAACAACAACAGCAGCCACAACAGCAGCCACAACAGAACAAUAACCACACAGUCGACAACGGCAACAGUGAGCCAAGAAGUCACCACGCCUCUGAAAAUAUCAACAGCCACACAAUUGGCAACCACAACCAGAAGAAUGGUUUCAACCAACAAGUAAAAGUUGAACCGAAUAUGCCACAGAAGCUACCACUUCCUUUACGUCCUCAACAACAACAACAGCAGCAGCAACAGCAACAGCAACACCUGUCACAGACAAUGUCCCCACCAUUUGACGCCACUUCCCCGCCACAUGGUCAUGUGGAUACUUUAUCAAACGCACAAAAGAAGUUUCUUUUAUCAACAUCAUCACCAGAAGGGAUACAGGUGGCGUCUAAAAUAACUCCUACUAGAUUGGCCGACUUAUUAAUCAGAAAGGGUCCAUUGCCUAUACGUCAUAUAACUGCUCAGUUAACUUUAGAAGUACCAUCAUUCGAGUUGUUAAGUUUAAGUAAACAAAGACGGUUGAUAAUGGCCGCUAUGGAACAAGUCGACCCAACAAAUAAUGUUGUAUUUGAAAAGAUUGGUUGGGGUCAAUGGGCAGUACGGAAAGUUGAUAGUGAUUAUAUCGUUACUGAAGGAACAGAACAACAAGAGCAACAACAACGUUCAGGAAGUACACCACAGUCAGUGCUGCCCGAAGGACAAGUUGAACCAAACGGUAAAAGAAUGGGCAAGCAACUAAAGUCACAGUCGGUUGAGCAGGAAAAGAAGAUGAUCAAUAUCAAUGAUUUAAGAAACCAAACUAAUUUGAAACUUGGCUGGUCAAAGAAAAAGAAAGAUGUAGGAGGUGCAUUCGAGAAAGAUAGGAUUAGAAGAGAGUCGAUAACAAACCCAGUCAAGAAUUUGCACAAUAUUAAGUUGCCCAAUGAAAGUAUUGAUAAUGCCAUUGCCUCAGACAGUGAAGAUGAAGAAGAUAAUCGAUUUAAUGAACUUGAGGAGGAUGAGGUAGACUUUGAAGACGAUGACGAUGACGAGGAAGAUGACAUAUCUGGACUUGAUGAGAGACUAAUAAGAAACGGAAGGUCUAAACUACAUGAAAAUAUAGACGAAGAUGAACCAUCGAGCUAUUCCGACCAAGACGCUAUACUUGAUGAUGAAGAUGAAGAGAUGUUUGCAUUUGAUGACACACCAAUCAACAAUACCUCACAUCACAAGCACAAACCGAAGAAACAGUCGCCACCUCUAAAGUUUGCCAAUAGAGUACCAUCCAAAAUAAGCCCACCACCAAUUUCAUCUACUGCAUCAUCUUAUGAUUCUAAAGCUGCUGCUAGAAGAAGAAAGUCAAGUUCAUCAGCUCCUAGUUCAGUAACUAAACCUUCCACAUUGAGACAUUACCACGCCACGCAUCACCCACAUCAUACCCACCUCCUAAAUAAUCCUACUUUUAUCAAUCGAUCAAGAUUGAACUCGAUUGAGAAUUUGGACAAUUAUAUCGCUUCAACAUCAUCAGGUCGUAACUCAACUGUUCUGAUCAGUCUGCCACCACCAGCAAUUGCGUUCAGUUACAGCUCUGCCGGACUAGGUGGAAAUACAGGAAAUAGUAGUGGUGAAAUUGCUGAUGCUAGAGGUGUAGUGUUUGGAGCAUCACCUGUUUCGGCGAGUAAUGCGUCACCAGUUGAGUCAUGGGGCUCAGUUGGUAAUAACAACAGUGUUAGCCGCCAUUACGUUAUUCAUAAUGAAGAAGCAGCAAAGGCAAACAAGAGUCGACGCAAAUCCUCAUUCAAUGAAUCACAUGAACGUUCGACGUUGAACAGUAUACGACAACAUUUGCAACUGCUGCAACUGCAGUCAAAAACCCUGCCUCGAUCAAAUGAUCACAAACAUCAACAUCAAAGGAGUAGCAGUAUUUCAAGUGACACUGAUGAAGAGGAUUGGCAAUCUAUAGGUCCAGAAUUUUUACGACAAAAGAAACUCAGUGGUGAAGUGGGGAGUAAGAGUGUAUUUAAAGAGGGUGGCAAUGUUGAUGGUGCAAAAGUUGAGAAUGGAGUCAAUUCUGCAAGUGGAGGAGCCGUUACUGCAGACGCAAAUGCCAAUAAUGAUGAAGAGAAAUCAGCGGCAUUUGCAUUAGUCAACUUGAUGUCAGUAUAA